UUACAAUAUUACAAUAAUUAAAAAAAAUUGAUAACCCCUAUAACUAAUCUAAUUUAACCUUCAUUUUUGGAUUCCAUUAUUAAUAAUUUGUGUCAUAAGUACCGUUUUAUAUAUUAGCGGAUAAGUCUAUCAACGGCAAUAGAAAGUAUUAUUUAGGUAUUUGUAAAUCUUACAGUAUUAAUUUGGGCAUUUAAGAAAAUAAAAUGCAAAACUCGAAUGUAAAACCACUUUCUGGAAAAUUAGGCUUUAUUGGCGGUGGUAACAUGGCUAAGGCAAUUAGUGAGGGAAUAGUUAGAAAAGGCUUAAUUCGCUACAAUCAGAUCUACGUUUCUGGACCCCGCUUAGAAAAUUUAGUUGAGUGGCAAAGGAAAGGAGCUAACGUAUUCUCAGAAAACGGAACUGUGGUUGAAGAAGCGGAUAUAAUAAUUCUAGCUGUUAAGCCGCAUAUUCUGCCAAGUGCCAUUGCAAAUAUGUUUGACACUUUAUCACAAAAACCACUGAAGUCUAAGUUGUUUGUGUCAGUAAUAGCAGGCAUUCCCAUGCAACAGCUAGAAAAUGUAUUAUGCAGUCUGGAGGGCUGUCGUUUAAUCCGAGUCAUGCCCAAUACGCCUAUGAUGGUGGGUGAAGGAUGCACGGUGUUUAGCCCCGGUCAAAGAGCAACAGAAAACGAUAUAGAAAUCGUCAAAUCUAUUCUGUCUGUAUCUGGGGUUUGUAAGCAAGUACCCGAAUCUCUCAUAAACGCAGUCGGCGCACUGUCCGGAAGCGGACCUGCCUUCGUUUACUUGAUGAUAGAAGCUCUGGCCGAUGGGGGUGUCAAAAUGGGUAUACCAAGAGCGAUGGCUGUGGAGUUUGCAACGCAAACGGUACUGGGAGCCGCUAAAAUGGUUAAAGAAACGGGAAAACACACCGGAGAAUUGAGGGAUGAAGUUUGUUCACCAGGAGGAACUACCAUUACAGGUAUACAUGCUCUUGAAAGGGGUGGUGUUCGAGCCGCAAUUAUGGAUGCCAUCGAAGCAGCAACUUUGAAGUCUAUAGAACUAGGAGAGAAGAAACACUGUACGAUGAAAAAUAAUUAGUAUAUCAUAUAAUUUGUAAAUGGAGCCAUUCCAAUAGAUUUUAUCAAUAAGGAGCUCCCAGAUCUAUAAUUUGUUUUAAUAAAAUAUUAUUUAGACAAAUACUCACUGCAAUAAAUGUUAGCUGAAGAGAU